AUGUCCAUAAACCUAAACUCCCACGCCUUCGCUGGAAACCCACUAAGAUCGAAAACACCCAACAAAAACGACCUGUUUUCACCCACAACCGCACUCGAAACCCUCAAAUCCCGAAUCACCGACAACACCGAUCACCAAUCCCCUAAUUUCAAGGUACUUCCCUUCAGAAACGGAAAGCCACUCGCAACUUCAACUGAUGCUGACUCGUGGAGACUCGGUUGGAUCGGUCUCACAGAGCUCCGUGGAUCAUUGGGUCCUGAGCUGAGCGGUGACUCGUUUGUGUAUCUGGGUUCGGAUUCUGAACAUGAUGCGCUUUACUGGACGAUUGACCUGUCUGCUGAGACUGGGUUUGUGCCUGAAUUUGAUGGCGUACGGUUCAGCUUUGUGGAGCUCAGAACGCUUAUGGUUGCUACUGAUUGGCUUGAUUCCGUAACCAUGGGAAAUUUGUCUAUUGCUGGUCAUGCCAGAGCACUGUUGGAAUGGCAUAAUAUAUCACGUUUUUGUGGACAUUGUGGAGAGAAAACAGUCCCGAUGGAAGCUGGGAGGCGGAAGCAGUGUUCAAAUGAAUCAUGCAAAAAGAGGAUAUAUCCACGACUUGACCCGGUGGUUAUUAUGCUGGUAAUUGAUCAAGACAAUGAUCGUGCUCUUUUGAGCAAACAAUCCAGAUUUGUGCCCAGAAUGUGGAGCUGCUUAGCAGGUUUUAUAGAGCCUGGAGAAAGCUUGGAGGAGGCUGUAAGAAGAGAAACAUGGGAGGAGACUGGUAUUCAAGUGGGAGAAGUUGUAUAUCACAGUUCUCAGCCAUGGCCUGUUGGACCAAACAGCAUGCCAUGCCAGCUGAUGGUUGGAUUCUUUGCAUAUGCUAAAUCUCUUGAAAUUAAUGUGGACAAGCAGGAGUUGGAAGAUGCUCAGUGGCACAGUAGAGAAGAUGUAAGAAAAGCUCUGACAUUUGCAGAGUACAAGAAAGCCCAAACAACUGCGGCAGCAAAGGUGGAACAAAUGUGUAAAGGAGUAGAAAAGACUCACAGCUUGUCUACAGAUUUUAAUGUGGAAAGUGGCGAACUUACACCAAUGUUUGUUCCUGGACCAUUUGCAAUAGCCCAUCACCUUAUCUCCUCAUGGGCAUUCCCAGAUCAAAAUUGCCAUUCAAAACAACUGAGUAGUUCUGUUUCAAAUUUGUAG